AUACACAUACAAAUGACCUUUGCUGUUUGUUCAACCUACUUGUUUAUAUUAGGACAACUUAAAUGUUUUAGUAAUAAUUCCUUAUAUUUAUAUCGAGCUUUUCUGGACACUCGAAUCACAUUAAGCAGUUUUUAGGGAAAUCUCAUCUGCCACCAGUGUGCAGCGUCAAACUGGAUGAUGUGAUGGCAGCCGUAUUGCACCAGACACCAGGGGCCUCAUAUACUAAGACUUGCGUUGAAUUAAUACUAAAACAUUGCGUACGGACAAAGCUGUAAAUGUGGUUACACAGUAAAAAUUCGUACGCCGAACCACACGCAUAUUCUCUUAACAUGAAUCUGAGCGCAUGUGCAUGAGCGCAAAACCCCUCCCUGCCUCCUCCCUCUUAUAAAUAUGGUAAUGGCUCCAUUUUGGCAAAACCAAAAAAGCAAUGGCAAAAGCAAGCAAGAAGAGAAACUUCACUGAAGGUACUGGAGGUAGACCGGAGAAAAUAGGUGUAUAUGCAAGUUUAUCCUCCGGAAUUAAUAACAACAUUUAAAAAAAUAGAGUGGGAGAGUUUAGCUGACGCAGUUAACGCAGAUGUGGUCUGAACAUUGCACUGUGAACGAAUUCAAAAAGAAAUGGUCCAAUGUAAGAGCAGAACAGCAGCGCACUGUUAACUCUUUUAGGAGAGAGUUGCCUCAAUUGUAGGCGACACUUUACUGUCUGGAGUAGUAUCCGUGUCUGUGGGAGACACAGAUGUAUUAGAAGAACACUUUGUUAGGACAGUAUAGCAGCACCCUUCUACUCCUAUCAAGGCAGCACCUCUGGCAUUUCAGCCGCCCAGUCGCCCGCUCUAGAACAUGACCAAAUGUGAGGAUGGGCAUCAUUGUAUCUGCGCUCUUGGUCUAUUUCUGAGUUGUUGAGGGGGGUUAACAGCCACGUCUUUACUGGAUAAUUGUUCUUCCUAAAUGCCUUCUAUGUGUUUUGAAAGUGCUCAAUAGGGGUUUAAGUGCUGCACUGUUUUAAACUAACCCGAAUGUAGUUGUAGAUUUGUAAAUGCUCAGUGAAAGUGUGGACACUGUUAUGAUGCCUUUAGGAAAACAUCUGAUAUACCUAAAUUAAGCUAUUUUAAUGCUGCUAAUAUUAUUGUUUAGCUUAGUCACUUUGUAUAUUUGUGGGCUCUGAGGUCAGGCAGUGGAGGUAUAAUUGGACACUGGAGCGUUUAUUCUGGACACAUGAUGGUGUGUGGAGGGUUUAUUGCAGUAUGGUGGCACCUGCAUUCUCGUGGUCAAGCGCGGCGUGGGCGUGGCUAGAAGCUUACGUCACAUCAAUCCACGCCUAUAUUGUGUUUCGCAGCCAAUUAGAUCUGCGGGGCCGGAUAUUAUUCUGAACUUGGGAUCCAGCAGCGUCUGUUCCAGGGUGACAAGCGUAUUUCCAAAACGGAGAGCAGAUUCACAGCCUGACAGAUGCAGCAGACCGACGAUAUGGAGGUACCUUUAAUUCAUGAUUCUAACAGUAACACACACACGUGUCUGCCUCAAGAGAGAGAUGGGUUUCAUCAGCAGAAGGAUUCGGAGGGGUCCAUGGAGUCCCCGAACCUGGAGUUUGAAUAUGGGGACACAGACAGCUUCACCGCAGAGCUCUCAGAGCUCUACAGCUACACCGAGGAACCGGAGUUCAGCCUAAACCGAGAUUACUUUGAGGAAGACUUCAAGAAUCAUGUGAAGGGUCGGCGGUGGAUGGAGUUGAGUGUGGAGGAGCAGAGGGCGUAUGUCAUGCGGCUGCUGGAUGCACUGGAGGUCACCGAUCGAGACAAGAGGCUCAAAGUGGCACGGGCCAUCCUCUAUUUGGCACAAGGGGUGUUUGACGAAUGUGACACAGAGACGGACGUCCUCUACUGGUCUCGACACAAUGUCUUUCUGCUGUAUGACAUGGGCAUCUUCACGGCUCUGCUGGAGCUGCUCAGCAUGGAGAUCGAUAAUAACCAGGCAUGCAGCAGCGCAGUGAGAAAACCAGCCAUUUCUCUGGCAGACAGCACUGAACUCAGGGUACUUCUGAGCAUCAUGUAUCUGAUGGUUGAGACCAUUCGUGUGGAGAUGGAGAGUGACAGUCCUGAGAGGAAGGCUGCCAGAGAGGCCUUCAAAAUGGAGUUGGGUUCACCUCUUUAUAAUGGGGAGCCAUUUGCCCUGCUCCUCUUCACCAUGGUUACCAAGUUCUGCAGCAUGAAUGCGCCUCAUUUCCCCAUGAAGAAAGUGCUGCUCCUGCUGUGGAAGACCAUACUGUUCACUCUGGGAGGUUUCGAGGAGCUGCAGGAGAUGAAGGUGAGAAUGAGAGAUCAUCUGAACCUGCCACCUCUGCCUGAGGACAGCAUUAAGGUGGUGCGAAACAUGCGGGCCGCUUCUCCACCUGCAUCAGCCAUGGAGCUCAUCGAACAACAGCAGCAGCAGAAAAGAGGACGCCGGAGCCGCCGGAGUGCCUUUGUUGAUAGCUUGGAAGGAGACAGUCCAUAUGCCAAGAAACAGCCCCUGGUAAAGCAGGACAGUUUGGACACUUACAACGAACGGGACCCAUUCAAGAAUGAUGACGCCCGGGAUGAAGAGGACGACCCAGAGGAUGUGGACAGCGGCAUUGAAGGAGAAGUGGAUCCUCUGGACAGAGACGUCAUUAUUCAGCCUCCUCCGCCUCCUCCACCACUGCGGCCCCCGACUGAGAGAAUGUCCUUCCCCAAGGGCCUGCCAUGGGCCCCCAAAGUCAGAGAGAAAGACAUCGAGCACUUUCUGGAGACCAGCAGAAACAAAUUCAUCGGCUUCACCUUGGGAAAUGACAUCGACACUCUGGUUGGGUUGCCCAGACCUAUACACGAGAGUGUCAAGACUCUGAAACUGCACAAGUAUGUCUCUAUAGCGGAGGUCCAGAUCAAGAGAGAGGACGAGCUCCAGCAGUGCCCCAUGACUAUGGGGGAGGAAGAGGUGGAAGAAACACCCACAGAGAUUCUGUAUUUGGGGAUGUUGCCCAGCCUCUCUCAGUAUGUAAUUGCACUUUUGAAGCUGCUUCUGGCUGCGGCUCCAACCUCCAAAGCAAAGACAGAUUCGAUCAACAUCCUGGCCGAUGUUCUACCAGAGGAGAUGCCAAUCACCGUCCUCCAGAGCAUGAAGCUGGGCAUUGAUGUCAACAGACACAAGGAGAUCAUCGUCAAAGCCAUUUCAGCUCUCCUGCUACUGCUGCUCAAACACUUCAAACUCAACCACAUAUACCAGUUUGAAUAUGUGGCUCAGCAUCUGGUGUUUGCCAACUGCAUCCCUCUCAUCCUCAAAUUCUUCAACCAGAACAUCAUGUCUUACAUCAGUGCCAAAAACAGCAUUUGUGCACUUGAUUUCCCACACUGUGCGGUUCACGAAAUGCCUGAGCUCACCGCUGAAAGUCUGGAAGCUGGUGACAGUAAUCAGUUUUGCUGGCGUAAUCUGUUCUCCUGCAUCAACUUGCUGAGAAUCCUGAAUAAAAUCACCAAGUGGAAACACUCAAGAACUAUGAUGCUUGUGGUGUUCAAGUCUGCUCCUAUCCUGAAAAGGGCGCUCAAGGUCAAACAGGCCAUGAUGCAGCUCUAUGUCCUCAAACUACUCAAGAUCCAGACCAAGUAUUUGGGACGACAGUGGAGAAAGAGUAACAUGAAAACCAUGUCUGCCAUCUACCAGAAAGUCAGACAUCGACUCAAUGACGACUGGGCAUAUGGAAACGAUAUUGACGCUCGACCAUGGGACUUCCAGGCGGAGGAGUGUGCGUUACGCGAGAGCAUCGAGAAAUUCAACACACGGCGCUAUGAUAAGAAUCAGAACAGUGAGUUUGCACCAGUGGACAAUUGCCUUCAAAGUGUUUUAGGUCAGCGCGUGGACCUGCCCGAAGACUUCCAUUACAGCUACGAGAUGUGGCUCGAAAGAGAGGUUUUCUCCCAGCCCAUUCAGUGGGAAGGUCUGCUGCAGGCCCAGUGAUAGCAGUGAUCAUUAUUAUAAGACUUUCUUAUUUAACCGACACAAUUACUGUGGCUCACGAUCGACACACAAACACUCGAAGCAAUGAGGAUCUGGCAUUCCUGUUCUGUUAUGAAAUCUUGUACAUAAAGAUAUAUGUGUGUAUGUGUGUGAAUAUAAGAUGGUAAUCUUCCUUUGGCAAAUCUGAGAAGAGAGCAUCUGGUACUUUGGGCAAACACAAAUAGAAUAUAUAUAUAUAUAUAUAUAUAUAUAUAUGAGAGAGAGAUGGAAGGAUGAUAUGGUCUUUUUCAAUAACUGAAGCACAAUUUAGGUACAAUAACUGCACAAAUACAGUAUUCUAAUGCAUAUAUAUAUACUUCAGAUUUAUUUAUAUGGUCUCUCGCCGUGUCUGACUGUGGAAAUGUUGAAACUUUAUGUACAUAUGAAGACUUUAUGAGGCAGGGUCUCUUUCAGAAAGCUGUCUUUGACGUGUUGACAGGUUUUUUAUUCAUUUUUUUUUCUGUAGCAGCAGGAGUGUGUGUGUGUGUGUGUUCUUGAGAAAGCAGUGAGUCAUCUCUUUUUGUCCCCAUGAAGCUCUGCACAUCACACACACACACACACACACCCCAGAGCAGCACAAUACACACACAUUCAAAGUGUCCUUGGUGACUUUACCGUCACCCACACUAAACAUGUCGCUCACUGAAUGGUGCUGGUUUUUAACACUCGAUUUGAUGUUCUUGUUAUUGAGACACAUUGUGUUCUGAGAUUAUUAGACAAGGUCUUGUGAAGCUGACGCUGUGAACCAGUGUCUUUUUUAUAUGCAGCUAUGGAAAAACUUGAUUUACUGGGUUUAUCAGGUGUGGGUUUGAGCAAAGUGUUUAUAUUUGUUUUAUUCUAUCAAGGUCUGAUAACUUUUCUUCAUAAUAUAUACAUCGUCAAAGUGAAGUAUUCUUAUAUGGAGCAUUAGUUUAUGUUCAGAAAAUGUUGGUUGGUCGGAAAAACAAUUGUAGCAAUU